UAGACCUGCUAUUGCCAAAGUGAAUUGGGUGAAUGUUUGUCAGAGACUGGAUUUUCAGAAUCUUUUGCACCCCCAUGCCUCCCAACAAGGAUUUAUGUACUGUGAUGCCUUGGACUUUAGAGAUCUAGUGGUUGAAGGCAUCUGUUUGAGAACCUCCACAGAGUCUGUGUCUGCUGCUUUGUUGUUGUUGUUGUUUUGGAAGGAUGCCACCCUUUGACUGGUGGUAAGGGCUGGACUAUUCAGCACACCAUUUAUAUUCCAGGACCUGGGUUUCCUGCCCUCCUUCAAAUAAACACAUAUUCACCAUUUAAAAGAAGAAAUGCACUGCAGGAGCAUGUGUAGCUUCCUGUUGUGUUCUUGUGAAAGACACUGGUCGGUUUCUCCUGGGCCUUAACAUUGCAAGCAAAAACUCAAAAGGAGGGAAGCAGCACGGCAGGCAGCUCCCGUUCAUUGCAGGAGCAUGCCAAGCUCUCUAUGCCAUGUGUAAAGUGCCACCACUUGGUCCCCUGGUAGUGAGAAGAAUGGGCUCGGUUUCAGAGAUGCUCACAGCGGUCCCUCUUCACCAGAGGCCUGAUCUCCUGGAGGCCUGUGCCGACCUCAUAAAUGAAGAGUGGAAAAGAAGCAGGGCCUCCCGCAUCCACUCCCUGCAGAGAUCUACCGACAACUUUCCCAUGUGCCUGGUGCUGAUUAGAACCCAGAGGACAGUGGAGGAAACUGCUGAAGGGAAGACGGCUGAGAGUCAGUGCCACAUCCUGGGGCAUGCCAGGCUGUCGCGUGUCAUUGGCCAGCCACAGAGCUUAUUUGUGGAGACAGUGGUUGUUGCCAAGGCCCUCCGUGGAAAGGGUUAUGGCAGGAAGCUGAUGGAAGCUGUUGAGAAUUUUGCCAAAUCCUGUGGCUAUAGGCGCCUGCACCUCACCACCCACGACAAACAGCAUUUCUACGCCCACCUGGGUUAUAGCUUGUCUAAACCUGUUCAGUGUGCAGGAUUUAUGAGUUCCCUUGUACCUAUGGAGUUUUUGGAGAGCUUCUGUCCCCCUCAACAGGACAGGGAACUUCCUGCAGGGCCUGGGAAACAUAAUCCAAGUGCAUCUUACAGCUAUAGAUCUGGAGCAAAUCUCCCUCUACUACCACCUUCUACUCACCUUUCCUUCUCCCCUGUUUGCUCAGCAGCUUCUCCUCCCCCACCACCACCUCCAUUGCUUCCUGCUUGUUCUUAUCAUUCAGUGGCUGUUACCAUUUCUCUCUCUUCCCAACCGCCUGCUUCUGCAUCUUCCCACAGUUCCUCUUCCCAACCCAUGAAUACCCAUGUUCAGUCCUUGCCAUCAGCCACUGUGCCUCCCUUUGCUGAUUGCUUUAGUGCCGCAAACCUUCCACCCCCUCCUCCUCUUCCUCCUCCAGCACCACCAAUGGCCCCUUUGCCAGGCCAUCCACAUUCCUGUAAUCCUAGCCCAUCUGGAGACAAAGCCCAAGGCCAGCUGUUUCUAGAGACACCAUAUCGUGACCUGAAAGGGAAGCCCAUAUUCUGGAUGGAGAAGGACAUCUAACCUGUACAGAGAGAGAGAGAGAGAGAUGAAAAUACAGUCGAAGGAGCAGCAGUGCUUGAGAAGGAAAGCCCAGCUUUGGAUUCUAUGAGAUGGGAUGAGAGAGAAUUAUUUUAAAAUGAAUAAAGCCAACAGAUGAUCCAGUGAAUAAAGCCAACAGAUUUGAUCUGCCGUAAAUGUAUUUACCAGAAUCCUUUUCAGACAAGAGCCCAUUUUCAUGCCAUAAAUAUGUCAACUUGCUCAGACAAAAUUCUCUAUAUAUUUGAAUACAUUUUCAAGGCCAUCCCAUGUUUCCCAUUGUCUUCCAGUGAUGGUUGCCAUAGCUGAGCAGGCGGGGCUGUGCUGAGCUGUAAAUUGCCUUACAUAUGUCUGAUUCAUCAAUAAACAAAGCACCUCUGAAA